AUGGAUCUCUCUACCAGUGCUGUGGUCUUCCUGUUCCUCACCUACCACCUCUGUGAGGCAGAACAUCGAAGCUAUAAUUCAGUCCUCAUGGUGUCCAAUGGCGGACAGUGGGGAGAAUGGGGAGAAAUUGAAUUCUGUCCCAAAGGACAUGCAUACGGAUUCUCACUGAAGGUACAGGAAAUGCAAGGAUUGACUGAUGAUGAUACUUCCCUCAAUGGCAUCCGUCUCCAUUGCAGUACUGGUGCAGUUGUUCAAUCCACUGUUGGACCGUUGGGAAAGUGGACAAAGAUUAAGGAAUGCCCCAAGGGCUACCUGGUCUCCUUUGUUCUGAAUGUGGAAGCCCCACAAGGGCCAUCUGAUGAUACGGCAGCCAACAACAUCCGGUUCAAUUGUGGAGAUGGGACUGGACUGGAGGCCAUGUCCACCGACUUCGGUACUUAUGGCCGCUGGAGCAAGCGCUGCAAAGCUGGUGCCAUCUGUGGGAUCCAAACAAAGGUGGAGGCUUACUAUGAACAUUUACAUGAUAACACAGCACUUAAUGAUGUCAGGUUCUUCUGCUGUGACUGA